AUGAUAUCCAAUCAAAAUAUAAUAAAUAAUAAUAUUGAUAAUAAUAAAAAGUGUACACUUCACCCAAACAAAGAUAUAAUAUUCUUUUGUUUAGAUUGUAAAUUAAUACCAUGUUGUAUUCAAUGUAUAUCAAGUAAAGGUGAACAUCAUGGUCAUAAAACUGAUCCAUUAGAAUCAACUUCAAAUAUUCUUUCAUUAAUGAAUAAUUUUAAAGAUGAUGUAUAUCAAAAAGUAAUUGACAGAAUAGAAACCAAUGAAAAAAUAUUAAAACAAUCAAAUGAUAAAUACAAUGAAAUUCAAUCACAAUUUGAUAUUAAUAAUAAUUCAUUAAAAAAAGAAAUUAAAAAAAUUCAUGAUAUCAUUUCAAUCAUAGAAUUAGAUAUUCAAAAACAAUUAGAAACAACCUUUGAAAAUAAUACAUUAAUAAAUACAAUUAUAACUUCUUCAAUCAAUAAUGAUAAUCAAAUACUUUCAACUAUAAUUAAUUAUAAAAAUGAAAAUGAAAAUGAAAAUGAAAAUGAAAAUGAAAAUGAAAAUGAAAAUGAAAAUGAAAAUGAUAAUAUUACAACCAUUGAAAAAUUAAAUCAAAUUAUAAAAUUUAAUGAUCAACAAAUUUAUGAUAAUGGAGAUGAUUUUAUUAUCGAUAGAGAUACUAUUAAAAUUAUUAAACAAUAUCAACAAUCAUUAAUAGUAUUAAAUAAUAAUAAUAAUAUCGAUUAUUCAAAUAAAUUAAAUGAAUACGAUAAUCAAAUCAUUCAUUUCAAUAAUCAGAUAAUUGAUGAUAUUAAAAAUAAUUUAAAAUCAAUUUAUACCUUAGAUAAUUGUAGAUUUAAAAUUGAAUUUGAUGAAAAUAAUAAUAAAUUUUUUAAAUGUGAUAUUAAACAAGAAUUAAUAAUUGGUUCAAUUCCUAAUACUGUAACGAAUAUAUCUUUAGAAGAUGGAUUCAAUCAAAAAUUAACACCAGGUAUAUUACCAGAUAGUGAUGGAUGGUUGAGUUUAGGUGAUAUUAAACAAGAAUUAAUAAAUGGUUCAAUUCCUAAUACUGUAACUCAUGUCUCUUUAAAAGAUGGAUUCAAUCAAAAAUUAACACCAGGUAUAUUACCAGAUAGUGUUAAAUCCUUGUUUAUAGGUGAUAUUAAACAAGAAUUAAUGAUUGGUUCAAUUCCUAAUACUGUAACUCAUGUCUAUUUAGAUGAUGGAUUCAAUCAAAAAUUAACACCAGGUAUAUUACCAGAUAGUGUUGAAUCGUUGUAUUUAGGUGAUAUUAAACAAGAAUUAAUAAUUGGUUCAAUUCCUAAUAAUGUAACUCAUGUCUAUUUAAUAGAUGGAUUCAAUCAAAAAUUAACACCAGGUAUAUUACCAGAUAGUGUUAAAUCGUUGGAUUUAGGUGAUAUUAAACAAGAAUUAAUAAAUGGUUCAAUUCCUAAUACUGUAAGGAGUGUCUCUUUAAAAGAUGGACUCAAUCAAAAAUUAACACCAGGUAUAUUACCAGAUAGUGUUAAAUUGUUGUAUUUAGGUGAUAUUAAACAAGAAUUAAUAAUUGGUUCAAUUCCUAAUACUGUAACUCAUGUAUCUUUAUUUGAUGGAUUCAAUCCAAAAUUAACACCAGGUAUAUUACCAGAUAGUGUUGAAUGGUUGUAUUUAGGUGAUAUUAAACAAGAAUUAAUAAAUGGUUCAAUUCCUAAUACUGUAAGGAGUGUCUCUCUAAAAGGUGGAUUCAAUCAAAAAUUAACACCAGGUAUAUUACCAGAUAGUGUUGAAUCGUUGGAUUUAGGUGAUAUUAAACAAGAAUUAAUAAUUGGUUCAAUUCCUAAUACUGUAGCUCGUGUCUCUCUAUUGGAUGGAUUCAAUCAAAAAUUAACACCAGGUAUAUUACCAGAUAGUGUUAAAUUGUUGUAUUUAGGUGAUAUUAAACAAGAAUUAAUAAUUGGUUCAAUUCCUAAUACUGUAGCUCGUGUCUCUCUAUUGGAUGGAUUCAAUCAAAAAUUAACACCAGGUAUAUUACCAGAUAGUGUUGAAUGGUUGGAUUUAUGUGAUAUUAAACAAGAAUUAAUGAUUGGUUCAAUUCCUAAUACUGUAGCUCGUGUCUCUUUAAAAGAUGGAUUCAAUCAAAAAUUAACACCAGGUAUAUUACCAGAUAGUGUUGAAUCCUUGUAUUUAGGUGAUAUUAAACAAGAAUUAAUGAUUGGUUCAAUUCCUAAUACUGUAAAGGAAGUUGAUGUUUCCGAAAGUUUUAAACUUCAAAUUGAACCUUAUGUCUCAAAAAAUGUAAAAAUAAUUUAA